AUGCCUCCGCUGCGAGAAACUGGGCAAGCCAUGCCCAGGCUACGACAAGAAACGAAAAUCCGUGGCUCUAGCUCUAGUACUACAGCAGGCGCUCCACUACAACCCAGCAAUGCCUCGCCUCCAAGCGUGCCUCAGAACACAUUGGAGCCCGGAGUCUUUGCACUACCACAGCCGUCAAUAUCUCAGCCUCCUAACAAUGACAUUGACGGUCAAUCCAUCCUGGGACCCGAUGCACGAAGCGGCCUUCACAAUGCUGUUCCUUCGACAAUGCCUUCGGUCUCGAUGGACCCCUUGACCGAAGCAAUGCUACGUGCAGAGGGUAUCACGCAGCUCCCACUCACCGACACGGAUCCUAUGCUCGAUGAACUUUGGAAGAAUGAGGCCUUCGACCCAGAGUAUUUUGACCUACAGCCAAAUGUAUACUACUCUGCAGCUGGCAACACUUGUGGCUUCAUCCCAAACAUUCCUGAGAUUAUUGAUGAGGUCGAUCAAGCAGAUAUGCUAGUAGGCGGUAACUCAGCAUCUGCGACGCCGCUGUCUACUGGAUUAGGAUCCACCGGUAUCUUCUCAGGAAGCGACAGUAAUUGGUGGGCUCCGGAGUCGCAACUCAACACGAGUGCGAAGAUCACACAUGAGAGGGAUCAUGAGAUGGCAUAUCUCAUUCGACAUUUCACAGAAUCCGUGGGUCCUUGGAUGGACUUGUAUGACCGAGAAAAGCACUUCACACAUCUGGUCCCACUCAAAGCCUUGCGAGAUGCCUUACUGAGAAACGCCAUUGCCGCCGUGGCAGCCAAGCAACUUGGUCGAGUGAAAGGACAGAAGCCAUUCUCUAACCUACAGACCCAGAAACCUUCUGCCAUGGAGGUGCUUGACGAGUCAGCGGAUGUCGACUGGUUCUACAAAGCUGCGAAUUACUACGACAAAGCCAUCGCGUUCUCACGGCAGUACCUACAGGCAGUUUCAGGUGGACUGAAUACUAGCGAUCCGCCAUCACCGAAUACUCAUGCUGCGUUGUCACUUGCCAACUCUGACGACCUGCUCGUUGCAGUCUCGAUCUUCUCGCUAUAUGAGUCGUUGGACAACACCGACACUGGAUGGCUACAACAUCUCAUCGGACUAAAAGGCCUCCUUACCGCUUUAAGUCCCUCCCAGCAAAUGGACAACCAAAUGACACCCUCCCUCACCGUCGGCCGCCUCGCCUCAUUCUGGAACUUCGCGAGAGCAGACUACCAAGCAGCCUACAUCAACCACCAAAAGACCCUCCUCGACACCGAAGACAUCUCCCUCUGGAGCAGCUGCGGCCUCGAAAUCCACCCCGACGGCUCCCUCUACAAAUCCACCGACUACGUCCGCAACGACCCUACGCACUGCCGCAUCCUCGCCGAACUCGUCGCCCACACCCUCCUCUGGCUCGUCCUGCGCGUGAUGAACUACCUCGCCAGCGAAGACGACGACAACCCUUCUCCGCGCCAAUCCCAAUGGGACCAACUCACCCGCCAGCUGGACCACUGGUACGGCAACCUGCCCGCGACCUACCAGCCCUGCGCGCAAAUCCGCCACCCUCUCAACCGCGAAGCCAGCACCCAACUCACCGAAUCCUUCUUCAGCAUCGACGUCUGCGCCGCGGCCCUCCAGCUCUACCACUUCGCGCGCAUCCUCCUGCUCCUGCACCGCCCCAUCACCACCUCCCACAGCAUCUACGGCAACCGCCUGAAGCAAUACCGCGAAGUGUCCAACGAGGCGAUCCGGCACGCGCACGAAAUAAUCGGGAUCGCACUGGGGCGGCCGCAGCCGGCGAUUCGCGUGGAGAUGUUAUUGCCGCUGUCGAUUGCGGGGGCGUGUUUGGAGGAGAACGAGGAGAGGAAGGUGGUGCUGGAGUUGUUGAGGGCGAUUGAGAAGGAUACGGGGUGUUCGACCGAGGGGCGGUGCGCGGAGUUGGUGAGGGAGUGGGGGUGGAGUGUUGAGCCGGUGGAGAUUGCAUAG